AUGGAGAAAGUAAGAAAGACCUUCUUCAAUCCACUCGCCACUUCCAAGGCCAAGGUGGUAGAGAUCCUUGAAGCUCUUCCAGUCGGCUCGGCGCACCCUUUCAGCCCGGAACAGAUUCUUCUUUGUCGGACAGAGGAUGGGAUCACCGAGAUCGACAUCUCGUCUUAUCCAGAAGACUUCUUCUUCAAUGCCGUCGACUUGGGGGAAAUGGGAGAAGUUCUUUUGAGGCGAAUGACCAAGUUUAACAUCUUCAAAGACUUCCAGAUCAUGCAAGCGCCGGAUACGACAUUCAAGAUCCCCAUCGUCUCAGAUCAAAUAACUAUUCUUGCGGUUUCUGAGAGGACCCCGACGUACUGGGACUUUUGCUUCGCGGACGAGGAUUGCAAUGCAUGCUGCUGGCUGGAAAGGAAGACAUUUAGCGGAAUCACCCACAGUGGGGAUAUUCUCCAGGGUAAAGAUCUCCUCGAUUUUGUUUGGAUCAACAAGGACUCUUUAACGGAGAAAGAGAUAUGCGUGUUCAUAUCUGGCUAUGUGAACACACGGAUUUCGCGUUUCAUGGGGACAUACCCUGCGAUGCUUGUUGCCGACCAUAUGGACAAGAUUCUCUAUAUCAUUCCAGUACCGUUGGAUGCAGCGACGAUCGGAGACGCCACCAUCUGUUGUCCACUGGUAGUCAAACGCGAUGAGGAUUCGUUGAUUUGCUCAAUACUGCCAACGGCGACCACAGACCGAGACAUGCACUGCCACAGCAAGAGACUAGACAGCCCUGCCUUCCCGGAAGCCAUCAAGCGCGCCAACUUUACCAUCUCAGCGAAAGAGCCAACGAAACGAUGUGAGCAUGACAUGGAAGAAACUACCAGAACUUCAAAAAGAAGAAAGCUUACGGAGACAGACCCAUUAGAUGAUUUGGCGGAUGCGGAUGCGGCAACGACUUCAAGAAACAUAGAAAAUAUCGUCAACCACAGGAAUGCUGUUUUUACCACCUAUUCGGCCACCAUCCCCUCAUUCCUCGACCAAGGGGAAGCCCAGGUCAUACGAUUCGGUACGGGUCUCGAAUUUGAGUCGUCCAGCAACGAGAUAUUGAGACAAGCCAAAUCUUCCGGUGUCGUUCUUCCAUGCAUCUUUGGCUCUGAACUACAAGGCCCGACUCUACUGGCAACGGGAACGGCUCCCUUCAACGUUCCCUUCUUCAACGAAAAUUCGCUCCGAGGAUACUACAAGAAACUGAAAAGCGCCGUGGUGAUCCUCAUCCCUGAAACAGAGCCUAAGAAUCCAGAUGCUGUUCUUUCAUUGAUGAACUCCGCAAACAUCAAUGCAGUAACUGCUCUUGCAGGACCGCAGUCCUUGGUCUUAGUUCAAAUCUGCGAGAAAUUAUACUUCUACAGAGGCAUUGCUAACCUCGCACACCUUGAUACGUCUGGACUGGAAUUCGGCACCGAUUUGACAUCUCUUCUCCACACAGUUGGAAUGGAAUCCAUACUUGACCCCCGGAUUCCCCGGAUAGUCAGACUCGACAAAGAAAAUUCAAUUCUUCUCCCCGCGUCUGGCCAAUUCGUUCAACCCCAGGCUCUGCAAAAUUUACUCGAAGAAAUAUCGAUUGAGCAGAUCCAAAAACUAGAGCAAGAUAUCUCAGCAGCCGUGCCACAACUACAGAUGCUUCUCAACCAGAAAGACUUACAAGAACUCUCAAAGUCCCUGGUAGCGACCCUAUCUGCCAAGGUCAGCAAUGUAGCAGCUCCUCUGCGAGACAGAUACACUCGCUUUUUGACAGCCGAAUACAAUGUCGACGAUCGAGGCUCCGUGUUGAUGAAGAACAAUCUACUCGGAGAAUUGAGAAAGGUUACGAAGGAUAUGCAAAAGACUCUCGAGCCGAUAAUUUCUUGCUUGGCUAAUAUGAUAUCGUCCCAAACGACCUCCAAGCGAACGCACGAUUUGAAGCGACUUGUCCGUCAGACGACCAUUCAGAAUAAUGUCGAGGCCGCGAAGUCCAUGACCUUUGAUGCUCUGUCCGGAUAUCUCGAGGAGUAUGCGGAGGAUAUGGGAGUUAUGCUACUAAAUAUCGACACGGAAACCUUCCGAGAGCUAUUGGGUAACUUGAAAAACAAUUUGAUUGAUGCUAGCCCGUGUUGCGCUCUAGAUUCUCGAAUCCUCCACCUACAAGGCUUUGACGCCGGAAUUCUCAUCGAACAGUCCCAGUCAAAACACGAUGGUCCCCUUCGAAGCAUAGCCGGAGCCUCCCAGCCUAUUCUCGCUCUACCCUACUUAAGCCAGCUAUCAGGACGAGGGUCAAUGUUAGCAUGGGUGUGUUGGGACGAAUUUGUCAACCUCAAAAGUCCCUACAAAGUGCGAUGGAUGGAAAAGUGCAACGAACCACACAUCGCCGCCCUACGAAUCAUUAUUAGAAACACCCUAAGCCAAGCCGUCGCAUCAAGAGAAUACAAUCUACAACCAGGCUCCAAUGAAACAGGCGCACUGAUGAGCGCUCUCUUAAUGGCAUCCAUGUCCAAGCUCGCAGCAAUGCGCACAUCUAAGCCCACAGAAAUAGUCGGAAAAGCCGAAGACACCGUUACAAGACUCAUGCGCGGACUUUUCGGCAAUCUCUUGACAAUCGCUGGGUCUGGACUCCGUCCUCUCAGUAUGGUCUGGCAAUUAUUCGGUCAACACCCCCAGUACGAUGUCCCUGCCACAAGGGGCGACUGGGUCUGGUACGAGACAGUUGUCAAACUGUAUCCGUACACGGGGUGGCCACUUGCUCAGUUCCACUCCAAUCUGGAAAAACUACUGGACAAGGCCGUAAUCCGGGUCGUGACCAAGAAUGAAAACAUCGCGCAGAUCAAAGCAUCUCGCACGGAAGAGAUGACUAAAUUCUGCAAAUUACGGAAUAUUCACCUCGCCCAUUGCCGAACAAUAUUAACUGUUUUCAUGCGUAUGCUCACAGCCAACAUCAACAACGGUACAGAAAUUGACAUCGCCGCUGUUGCAACCCGCCUACUAGCACACAUCCCCCCAACGCUGGAAAAAGAAGUCGAAAGCUACAGAAGAAUGAUCUUCUACCUCACCCAUCUAGCAGAAGGAAAGCCGAGAAUCGCUGAAUGCGAUAGUAUCCCCAUGAACCUAUACACAAGGCGAUCCGGGGCAUUCGCAGAAUUAAAGCUCCAAGUCCGCGAAGCAUGCAAAGAAAAGAACUGGGAACAAGUCAAGAAGUCCUGCCAGGAUAUUCAAACGAAGAAAAACGAAAUAGCGACACUCUGGAACGUUGCGCCUGAUUCGGUGAAAGUGCAUAAUAUCAAGGCAUACAAGGCUCUACUGGCGGCGGAUUUUAGCGAAAAUAUUGACCAAGAAAUCGCGCGUGCAAAUCAAAAGAUCGCGGCGCAGAUUGCCGGAGAUGCGGAGAUUGAGCUUGUUCCGUGGCGUGUUGGGAAGAAAGGUCAAUAUGGGGAUAUUGAGCCUUUGGAUGAGAGUGUUGUUCAUGAAAUAUUGACUGGGAAAGCAGAUAGUAGGGGUCAGGAACAUGGAGGAGAAGCUAAUGAGGUAACGGAAAUGACCGCAGAAAAGAAAGUCGUGAAGCUCGGAGAUGAAUUUGUUCGGUUCGAGAAAUCUUUCACUGCGGAUUUCAUCCAGAUAAUGCAACAGGAGUUCUCCAUUGAAGCAGUUUGUGAGGUUAUGAUGGUUCCUGUCUCCGCGAUGCGUGUUUUCGUCGACGCACUGAAUCCGGAAUUCGAUUGGGGGAAGUUCGGAGUAAAUUUCCAAGGUGUUAUCUUGGAUUUGAUGAGGAAUCGGUCUGGUCGGGAGGAUAGUCGGCCUGUGAGGAAGUUGUUGCUGCUUGAGAAGGGGCUGCUGCUGGCAGACUAA